AUGUCCACUCCAGCUGAAACCUCUUUUGCCGAACUUAAGGCAAUCACUAGGCAGAUUGUUGACAUUGUCCGCGCGGCUCGGCUCCUCCCACCCGGCAACAGCCACUUGGCUCUGAAAGCACAAGUCACUGAACUGGUGGCUAAGGCCGUCCGGGACCAUGAGGCUUCACCUUGCAUUCUGGGCAUAGUCUUGUCCUGCUCCAAGGAAGGCACAGCUGGCGCCACAAGGUCUCCUGCAUGGGAGGCUUUAGGCGACCAGACAUUCAAUCUUCCGGUCGAUGCCCCCAAAUCCCCUGACACUGUCGCGGUCGACCUUCCCUCCCCACCUGCCGUCGCUGGCAGCAUUGCCGGCCCAUCGUCCAGCACCAUCGACGAGUCCCGGGAGAAGCGUGAGGAUAAGGGUAAGGGUAAGGCGUUAGAUGCUGACCCGGAACCUGAGGCGGACGGGAGUAGGAAGAGGAAAUCGCCCCUGAUUUCGGGACCCUCCUCCCAACCGCCGAAAUCUGCGAUGAAGAGUCGCAAGAGGGCAAAGUCAGCUCGGGUUGUGAAGUCAGCCGAGUUUGUGGAGUCCGAGGACGAACCUGUGGACAAGCCGGCUGCCCAAGGAGGGCCGGUCGUCUUACUUCAUCGUCUCACCUCAGUCUCGCCCCGGAUCCCCAAGAAGAGACCUUUCGGCCCUGCGAAGGUAAUUGCCGGAAGACCGACUCGACGUCCAACACCCCCGUGGUCACCCCGGUGGUGGCACCAACUGUCAUUGAUGGCCCUGCUGGAAGCCCUCCAGAGGUUCGUCGAGCACUCGGACUCGGCGUCCAAUACCCCCGUGGUCACCCCGGACGUGGCACCAACUGUCAUCGAUACAGAUGACAUUCUCAUUCCCGGACCGCUGGAGCUGCCAGGAACUGCCAGUGGGUCUGCUGCGACCACGCCUAAGACGCGCGGUCGCAGCAAGACAAUAACUGCUGUCAAGGCACCCGCCCCACCACCUACACCCUCACCUGCACCAGCUCCAAUUGUGUCUUCAAGUGCCCGCGUGCCUCGUGCAGCUCUCGACGUCCCUAUGCCGGACCUCCAUUCCAUGGCAAGAAGUAUUCGCGAUAGUGCCGAACACAUCAAGGCUCUCGAGGAUCUUGUUGCCGAGCAGGGCAGCCAUAUCAAUACCCUCAGCAGGCUCCAUGAGAGCCUUCAAUGCCAAACCAUGGAACCCCAUCCCUCAUUUCCCCUUCCCACCACUCUGGCAAUUGCAACGUCUUUGUUGCUUGAUCAAUCCGUCGCUGGAACAACGUCACCCUCCCAAUCCGCACUCCCUCCUCUCAUCAAUAUUUUGAUUGCAGUGGAGCCCACACCCUCGAAAAUUGAGGAUCCCUCUGCCAUCGAGGGUCUUUCAUUUGAGCCGAGCCAAGUUCAACCAGCCCCGGACCUAUCACCUACUCCCUCAACUGCCGGAGCAAUUUUGGUGCCAGAUGAUCCAUGCAACCUUGUCCCGGAAUACAAUUCUGGUGAUGAGAUGGAUGUUGAGGUGAAGGUUGAAGUUGAAGGUGGUGAUGAGGGUCAUCUGGUCAAGGUUGAAGGUAACUCACACCAACGUCCGGUAACUGAUAUCGACAUCCGGGUAACAUCCAUUGACAUCUGGGCAACUGGUAUCGAGUUCUGGGCAUCGAGCACCAAGUUCCAGGCAGCUAAUACCGACAUCCGGGUAACUGAUAUGGAGUUCCAGGGAUGUCUUAAAUUGGACAAAUGA